CGAGCGCGGGACCGUUCGCAGGACCACCAGCGAAAUGAUCGUACAUCUGCGUGCAAACGAUACGGUGGACACACUGGCCAGGUAUCUGAACUGUGACCACGGGCAAAUGACAGUCACAGAACUGGACCUCACGAAUUGCAUUCGUCUCGAGGCCAGCAAGUUGACGUCGCUCAUCGCCGAAUGCAGCUGUCUCACGUCCCUGAGGUGCCUGGGCUGCCGUUUCGAGCCGACCGAAAUCAUCACGUUGCUGUGGCGGCUUCGCCAUCUCGCCGAAGUCGAGUUUUCACUCAUGCUGAAGAGGGACGUGGAGUCGGAGUUACGGCGCAUAGGCGACGCCGCGGCGCAGUACGGCGGCGACUCAAAAGCUUACGGCCUUCGCCGGAUGUACGUCGAAGUGGGCGAUGACCACAUCAGCUUUCUGCCGGCGCUUCUGCAUCAUUGCCCCUACCUGCGCAAUCUGCACGUGCAUUUCUCGUGCGGCAAUUUAUUGAACGCUCUUCGGCAGUGCCACGAUGCCGUCCUCGCAGAUGACGUCUCCGUGGAAACCUUCACGUUCACCUCCGAGGUAUUGGCGCCCGUCCAACGACAACCCAGGGUGCCGUUCGACUUGACGAGCUGUGCCACCGUCUGCGCCAACGUCAGGUACACGAAGUCGACCGGCUCGUUUAGUUGCGUCCGGCUGUUCGACCUGGUAGAGGACAAAAUUCGGGGUCGGCCGCCCCGAAUUCUGCCCGUGCAGGUGAUCCUGGUCGCCGUUGAAAACGCCCAAGAAGGCAUCACCGAGGACUCUAUUCUCGUGGCAAAUCACGGACACAACUGGGUGCACGUGCGCCAACUGUGUCUGCUGCUUGUACCGCCGGAGCCUGCUUGCGUCCCGCAUCCGACGGCCGGCGUCACGUACCGCGAGAUCCUUCGCUUCUUCUUCUCCACGGCGCUCAGGCACAUCGUCGAGCUUAACGUCAGCUCGUUCCAUUUCGGGCCCGACCUCGACUUCGGGGACCUCCUCCAGGACGGGUCGCUUGCGUGCCUUCACUCGCUCUCGGCGUCGCUCUGCGGGCUUCGGCGCCCUUCGGUCCUGCGCCGUCUUGCGCAGAGCUGCCCCGAGUUCAAGGACCUGGACGUGCGAAUUCUGGAGGGGUGCCGCGACGGUGUCGUCCGGUGUGACGGGUGUGUGGCAGAGUUCCGCCACGACACCGCCGAAGCGCGAGACGACGCCUGGCGCCCCUUGUUUGGCAACGGGCUUCGUAGGCUGAACUUGACAGACGUGCACGACACUGCGUGGCUAUCGUGGUUCAUCGAGAGCUGCUGCCCGACGGCUACUGUGAUGCUCUGCGACUCCCCCUCGAAGCCUGACUAUGCGACUUUGACCCAAGCGCUGGUCAACAAAAGCGUGCCGGCGACCCUCAUUCUUCGCCACGACGACCUGCAGUUGGACGACACGUCUGUGCUAGACCACCUUCGGAAGAUCGUCAGCCUCCAGUACUUGAACCUUAGCUCGGCGGUGUGCCUUCCAGAAGACGACGUAGUGCAGUCCGUGCGAGCGCUGCAUGCGUGCCUGCCUCGCCUGCUCUGCUUACACGUCCACUACCGAGAGAGCCCAGACGCCUCCGACAAGCGAGUCACGUGGAUGCGGGCACCCUCGCACGAGGUUCACCAAGACGUCCUGAUACUGAACGGUGCUUGCUUCCAGUCCUGUUCGACAGCUACCUUCAUAGGACUUGCCAAGCCACUGUACCAUGACGUGCAGCCAAUGCUGUAGCUUAAGGUCUCUGCGAGACUGACACGACG